AUGCCAGAUGGUACGUUUCCUACACGUAACAGUUCAUCUUGGUUGGCGUCGUUCGCAGAGUUUACGCCCACGACCGAUAUCUCGCCAGUCGUCUCAUGGACAUCAUCGCUGGCGUCCGUCUCGUCGUUGUCGACUUCGUUUACAGUCACCACACCUAUCGUCGUCGUUUCUGUGUCAACGGUAAGCGCUAGCAGAAGGAGGACAAGCGGCAUUUCAAUGCUCGCUCCUCCGCGGUCGGUGAACAGCAUUGUGGAUCGUCGGAACCCACAGGUGCACCGUCAGCAGGCAGCGGUUUCUGGUCCACCAGUGAAGGCGCUGAUCGUCGAGCAACAGCAGCAGCUGGCUGGGAUUGCGAUAAAGCUUAUGAAGAAAGAAGAGGAGCCCCAGAAUCGCAAACGGAAAAGCGACGAGCCAUUCAAGCACCAGUCUUCGUCUAAGAAACAGUCGCGUGUUACCACCGGUGAUAGCAUGAACAACGAGAACGAAACUUCCACUAGUACCGAGGUAGCCGAUCCCGCCUACCGGCAUCAUGGAAUUAACAUAUUGUACUUCCGUGAAGCCGUCACUCCGAGAAUGGUGGACGCAGUCGUUGAGGAGUCUAAUGCCGCAGCUGCUGCCUCUGAGCAAUCGAUGCCGGAGGAGACGCUUAAUGAUACUGAAUCAGUGUCUCCCCCACCGCCUGCCGAAAAUGCCCUCGAGGACCCCGGAGUAAGUGAUGAAGAUAUUGUAGGAACCCCGCUCGAAAACGAAGGCUCGCAUUCAGAAUUUGAUUCGGAGGAAGAAGACGAUGAUAUUCAAAUUACCAUAGGCGAUUUGAAAACAAAUGUCAACUUUCGCGGUUCUAACAAACAGCCUGGUGGAAAACACACCAGCAAACUUGAUAUCGAUGGCACUGCUACGGUCAACGGUGCAUCAAUAUACGAUUUGGAUAUCAACGCCUUGGACGAACAGCCAUGGCGGAAGCCAGGCGCUGACAUCACCGACUACUUCAACUACGGUUUCACUGAGGAGUCAUGGCUGAUCUACUGCGAGCGACAGAGGAAGCUGCGCGCCGAGUACGGUCCGAUGAACGCCAACAAGGUGCUGUUCGUCAACCUUACCGGUCUGACGAACCCUGUCCAGUCUGUACUCAACGAAAAGUCUAAAUAUCAUAACUCCGGCCCGUCCGGCAUCUCAGUCAUCACCAAUCUGGCACCACCCACUCCGUCUAUGCAACCACAGCCGAUCAUGCGCACGGUGUUGACCGGGACCAAACCUGAGACGAUGCCUCCGCACCCUGCGCCUGUGUUGUCUACUCCCGUAGUCAGCCAUCAGUCCAACCUCACUGUCCUACAGCAACCGUCUAUUUUGCAGAGUUCGCCAAGCCACUCACCGGAAUCUCAGACUCCGCAGUCCACCGCCGAUAUGCCACAGAAGAUAUCGUCGACGGUACCAAGCAUCGGCACGUCCAGUGCGAAUGGCGCGCCGUCGUCAGUCGGUCAAGACAAUAUCCAGUUCCCGGACAUCUCCUUUCCUCCUCCCUGUAUUAUACCUCUUACGAAUGUCCCGCCUCCCGGAUUCCCCCCGCAGCACUCGCUGUCGAAUGUCCCUUCAUUACCGCCCACAAAUGUGCCACCACCUUCAUUAAAUCAGCCUCCCUUUGGGCAUCCACCACCGCCUGGAAUAGGCUUCCCAAUGCAGUUUGGAUAUCCUCCGCCUAGUCGGCCGGUUCUGCCACCAAGAGGCUACGCCGGGUUCGAACCGAUGCCACGUGAUGAAGCUCGCAGUCCUGCUUCAUACUCAGACAAAAGCAGCGACGGUGAUGAACGCGAUCGUUACGAACGCCAUCGUCAUCGAGAAUAUCGUCAUCGCCGCUCUCGAUCUCCCUACGAUGUUCGCAACAGCCACGGCAGGUUCCGAGAGAGGGAGCGUUACCGUUCUCAUCAUCGAUCCAAGUCACCUGUUGAGCGGAUACCACCGAUGCAUUACGGUCGAGAGGAAAAGGAGUUUGAAGAGAAGGAACGACGGACUGAAGAAAAGGAGAGGCGACGAAGGUCUGACGACGAGGAGGGCCACAAGCGCAAAAGAAGGCAAGUAUACAUCAGAGUUACGUUGCUGACAAUUCGAAAGAGAGAAGAGUCGCGCGAAGAAAGCAAAAAAGAACGUGAUUCGAAGAAGAACAGAGACAAGGAAGAAAAGUCUGAAUCGGGGAGCUCCAAAAGGCACAGACGCAAGGAAUCGUCCAGUCGAGUUGAUACCGACGCUGAAUCGUCAAAAUUGUAG